AAAAAAAAAAUGACUCGCCGGGACGGGGGGUUCUCGCUCAAAUACUACCAUGUCUAUGAUAUCUGGCUCCGUAGUUGCAAGUGAAGGACCUGAGAUAAUUGAGCUCGAAGAUUUCCGCCCUACGCCUUCAACGUCCCAGUCGAAUUUCACACAGGAUAGUGCUGAACAUACUGACAAUGCACCCCUCAAUGCAACUUCUUUGCCACCUAUGGACCACGGUUUCGAUGCCUGGGCUUACUUGGUCAGCGCAUGGCUCGUCGAACUCCUUGUCUGGUCUUAUCCUUUCUCCUAUGGUGUUUUCCUCAACUACUAUGCCUCACACGAGUUCAAAGACUCGUCGUCUACGCUCCUUGCGCUUGUUGGGUCCCUUUCAACGGGAUUGAUCUACCUCUCAUCCAUAGUGAUUCUUCCCGUAAUUGCACGAUACCCAGCGCGAAAGAAGCAAAUGAUGUAUGUUGGCUUGUGUUUGAGUGUCGCGGGGCUGAUUGGGGCUGCAUUUUCGAACACCCCGGAAAUGCUCGUACUCACUCAGGGUGUUAUGUAUUCGAUUGGUGGAAGUUUCCUCUACUUUCCUGUCAUGACAUAUCUGUUUGAGUGGUUCUCGGACAAAAAAGGAUUGGCAAACGGACUUAUCUUUUCAGGCACUGGUGUUGGUGGUGUCGUCAUGCCAAUUAUCACUGAAGCACUGCUUAACAAGUACGGACGCAAGGUGACAAUGCUUGCAUUGGCAACCAGCUUUGCCCUCCUUGUACUCCCCGCCUUCCCGUACAUCAAGCCUCGUGUCCCGAUAUCCCAUAUCGUCCAUCAAAGGCCGAUAGAUACGCAGUUCCUCAAGUACCAUCCUUUCUGGGUCCUGUUCAUUGCAAAUUUAGUCCAAGGACUAGGAACGUUCUUGCCCACUUUGUACCUGCCGACCUUUGCAACGGACCUAGGGCUGAACAAUGCGACCUCUGUCGGAACUUGGUCCCUGUCUCUAAUGAAUGGUGCCUCUGCUCCUGGCCUGAUCUUCAUAGGCUAUCUCUCCGACCGCUUUGAUUUGCGCAUAUCAAUCUUCAUCUCUGCCCUCGGUUCGUCCCUCGCCGUUCUCUUCAUCUGGGGGUUUACUAUCCACAUUGCACCAUUACUCGUUUUCGCCUGCAUCUACGGUUUUCUUGCCCCAAGCUGGUCAGCAAUGUGGCCUCGUUUCAUAUCCACAGUAGCAGGCGACGACCCCCACCAGGCAUCCAUCAUGAUGGGGAUCUUCAUGGCUGGACGAGGAGUAGGCAACGCCCUUUCGACACCUAUCUCGUCGGGUUUGUUACAUCCUUGGGCGUUUACGGGGAAAUCGAUAUUCCCCUAUAGUUUGGAGGGUUAUGGUCCUCUCAUCUUGUUCACGGGUAUUACGCUGCUCGUGAGCACUUGCGGAAUCAGCUAUCGCAACCCAGACCGUACUACCAAUAUCGCAGAAAGGGUGCCGAGGAGGUUUAGGCGCGCAUCGAUAUCGCCGCCUUGAUGGCUUGUGGAUCAAAAUCAAGAGUUCAGGGCGAUAUUUCUCUACAAUAAGUAGGGAACUGAUAUAUCAUUCAACUUUACUGCUGUGGCUGUGUAAAAGCUGAAGAGGAUAUCACGCAAGUUCUCCGUAUUACCUCCAGCGACUGGCGCAACGGUGCCUUGAUUUGAUCACCGUUCUUCCUUAUUUAAUAGAAUGGGUUGUCAUCAGUAAACGGCGUCCUGUUGUAGCAUUAUUCUUAAUUAUCUUUGGGGUUGCGUUACGGUUUGCAGGCAACAU